UGUACGGACAACUGCGCGUGCGCAGGGCUACGCUCCAAACCUACUUUACACAUCACCGUACGCUUUCAGCGGAGUUCUGCGCAUGCUCUCUAAGUUUUCCUACGUCCUGUACGCACGCGUAGACUCGUUAGCCAAUGAAAGAAGGUUGCAAAGUUUGAAUACUACAAUAGAAGCUCUGUGCGGUUUUGUUGCGGGCUGUAUUGUACUAGCAUGUACGGAAACCACAGAAGAAAGUCCAAGCCUCCUGGCUCUGAAAAGUGUAACGAUGCAAUGGUUGUCGUAACUUCUUUUGAUGAAGUUGAGAAGAUUUUUCAAGAAAAAAUGAAGAAACUUUUCCAAAAGUAUGAUCGACCUUUUCUAAGUGACGUUCUUUUAGAUCUUGAAGACUUUGUAUAUCACACUCCAGAAGAUCGACAUCUAUGGAACUUGUCAGAGAAAACAUCAUCCUUUAAACAAUGUGAAGAUCUGAGUCCAGUCAGGAAACUGGUCCCCAGUGAUUCAACAGAAGCCAGCCCUUCCCAGCUUUCAAAAACAAAGAAAUUGCCUACAACUUCUGAUGUUAAACAGAGAUCGGACCAAAUCUGCACCACUUUAAUGCGGUAUAAAGAAGAUAAUCCUUAUCGUAAUGAUCGUAAAAGCUGUGCUUCAAGACAAAAUAGUGACUCGAGUGUUCUUUGCAAGACUCUUCAUGUUGCAUUGUCCCCAGAAGCCACAGUUUCUGAAGAAAUGGACGACCAAGAAUGUUGUUUAAAAUAUCCUGGAAGAUAUAAUGAAAGUGUCUGUAAAACAGAAGAUAGUGGACCUUUGGACAAUGAGGAGGCAAGUUUCUUGGAUCCCGGAAAUAAAACUCUAGAGGACAUGUACCCACAGAUGAUUGAAAACCUCAGCAGGCUAUGGGAUUUCGGUAAAAAAAAACAGGCAGCUGAUAAUAUUGUUCGAUAUUACAAACGCCACUUUUGGCCUAAAAAGAAGGUAAUGAGAAUAAAAGUGAACAGACACAUGUCCCAGUCUGUUAAUAGGACAUACACAAUAAGCUCCGCACCCGAUUUUGAGGAAAUUGUGUCACCAUCUAAGUCUUACAAUUCCAGAAUGCUGCAGGAAAAAAAAUUGAGUAAACUAGACUUAAGAGAGCCUAUGAAAGGUAAAAGUCCACGAUUUUUACAGGGACAGAAAUUCAGCAGCCCUGUCAGCACAAUCUCAGUCACAAUUAACCCCCAGAACAAUGCUAGUAAGGCCUUUGAAGGCAGCCUAGAUAAUGUGUCAAUAUCCCUACCCAGUCCCUUUCUAGCCCAAGUGCUGAACAAGAAAUAUAGCAUUAUUCCUCCUGAAACAGACCCAUUUUGUUACUGCAAAGACUCGAAGCACCUUCAACAAAACAUUCACAGGAGAAACUCUCUCUCAGAUUUUAUGUCACUCUGCCCUAAAAAAGUGAUUACCAGACCUAACUGCUAUAUGAGUGAAAGAACAAAGAGCCCAAGCAAGGCCAUAACGACUAAAAGCCAGAUGGACAUAGAGAGAAACCAUGGAAGCUACAAAGAAUACACAAAGCAGCUGCAGAAUAGAGCUGCAGGCACAAUUACCAGGAGAAAUUCAUUUUCUUCAUUUCCUGUAUCUCACAGUCCAAGUAGAGAUUUUGAAAGUCUUUACAGAAAUCCAACUCGCAGUAAAAUCCAACCAGACCUUUCAUUGGGUAAAGCCCAAUUCCAGUUAUCAAAAACAGUUUAUUCUUUGGUUGACUCACCAGGCUCACGAAGAGCCAAAAGGCCGGUCAGUCCUGAUUUUUCCAAGAAACCCAUGAGUGCUACUGAAUAUUUAUUUGGGGGAUCAAAACCAACCUAUAAGUCUAUGGACAGUAGUGAUGUGUCUUGGGUAGAAUCCAGCUCUUCUAGGAUGCACCAUUCGAUUUUUGCCUCAUCUGUUGAAACCCACAUGUUGCCUUACAGUCCAGUGUUGCUCAGGUCCUUUCCCCGAUCGGUUAAUGACAGAUGUCCUCUAAGAACAAAUGCACGGAAACUAAGUUACCCUGAAAACAAUGGAACUGUCUCUGAAAACUGAAAGGAAUCUCCCCAUAAUCAUCUCUUUUCCUUACUGGCUUUAAAACUGGAAUGUUCUAAAAUUAGUUAUUUAUUUUAAAGCUGAUGUCUCAGCAAAAACCGACAGGAUCAAACCCUUAUCCCCUAUCCUUUGGUUUAGGGGAUAAGUGUUCCUGUGCUGGAAUACUCCUUUAAACAUAUCUUGUUGUUUUAGUUAUUUUAUCUUUAUUUUUAGCCAUAUACUAGCAAAACAGAAGUUAGAGCAAUUGCUAGAUCUGGUAAAUGUUUCUUUUAUAUUUAAAGACAUGGCAACUUUUCUAUUUUUGUUGCUUUACACAGUUUUGAAAAGGUUACAAAGGAAAGUACAGCCAUAUUGAUCAUUUAACAGCAGAUUACACUUUUCAUUUUGUUAGUGUAUUCUAUCAAUACCAGUAUUACCAUCUAGUACUGAACAGUUAUAAGGAAAUCUUCCAAACUGCCGACAGCUGUCAGGACAAGGAGACACAUGGUAUCUUUUAUAUAUCUUUUUAUGCUUCCAUAAUGUAGAAAAAUACUUUUAUUCCCCUGUGCAUAGGUGUUCCCAAGCCACUGAAGUGCAAAGGGGUUGGAACCCCACCUAUCCUAUUCUCUGUCCCUGAUUGACUGACGACUGGAAGGAGAGUCCUGUUUUCAAUCUCGCACCUGCGCACAAUUUGCACGCACAAUGCAGGAACAAGAUUUGGAAACGGAGCUCAACUUCUAGAUAACUAAUCGGGAUGGGAGGGGAACAAGGAGGUGUUUCAGUCCUCAGCAUUCCAGGUUUGAGAAUGACUUUGCAACAGAGAAUAUAAACCUUUACCUAUGCUAUGAAAGCCCAGACAGUUGUAUGAAACGUACCAUGUCCUAACAGUGGCAGCAGUUUGGAACGUAAUUUGCCGCUGACAGAUGCCUAUAACUUUUUAAAACUUUUGACAUGUUAUAGUAACAAUUCUUAAGUUUUGAUCUUUAGAGAUUCUGGUAUGAAUACUCCCCACCAUUGAGAAAACAAAGAGAAAACAAUUUAUCAAAACAUGUCCAGAGAAAAAGUUGCUGAGUUUCUCAUAGCAACCAAUCAGCUUGCUUCCUUUCAUUUUUCAGAGUCCUUUAAAAAAAAUAAAAGAAGCGAUCUGAUUGUUUGCUGUGGGCAACUCAGCAACUUUUUCUCUGGACAGGUUUUGAUAAAUCUUCCCCUUAGACUUUCUGUGACUACAUACACCACACACCCGUCUUUCAGAGGAGAGCCAGUUGGAAACAAAAGAGCACAUUAUGACCCGGAUUGCUUCUUCUCUUUUGUUUUAGCAAUCGGGGGAAGCAGCAUUUCAACCUUUACUGAUCAAAAGUUAUGACAUGUCACAAAAUUUUGAAACUGAUUUCUUAUAAUUCAUUAAUGACAACCAACACGGCCGCACUUCCUGUAGCAGUAAUUGCCGUAGCCGUUAGUACGUACUUUCAUUCCCCAUGAAAUAACAAUUCUAGGUCAUCUUUUCUUUGUUCGUCAUGCUGUUCCUUUGUCUUACUAGAAAUUUCUGACUAAAUAGCAGACUGCCACCAGCUGGGGACGUGUUGGAUAGUGUCAGACAGUGAAGUUAGUUAUACAUUUCUAGUAAGAAUAAUAGAUGAAUGGCACAACACAGCUUUAAGAAAAGAUGCUCCAGAAUUAUUUUAUGGGGAAUACAUUUACUAAAACAGACAGAUCAGAAAAGGCCAAGAGUUCUCUUUAGCAUACAUAAUACAAUACAACAUUUUAAAGGGUACCUCUCAUCAAAAAAACUUUUGAUAUAUUAUAGAUUAAUGUAUGCAGAAUAACUUUACAAUUGCAUGUUAUUAAAAAAUAUGCUUCUUUCUAUUUAAUUUUCCACUUUGAAGAAAUGACCACUAGGGGUCUCCCUACCAGUCCUGGCAGCAAGCAUUUCAGACUCAUGCUGGAGUCCUAAACACUACGAGCUGCCAAUCUGCUUUGUUCACAUAGGAGAACACUCAGAGCUGCCAGCCUGCUUUGUUCACAGCCUGUUUGGCUGUG